ACUUCUUUCUUCGGCCCAAAGUUAACGCUCUGCAGCCGCGCACCGACUUUUGACUUUCACGAUAUUCGUCGCAUGCUUCUUCAUUCUCACACCUCUGCUUUUCCUGGUUGAUCGCAUGCGCUUGAUUCCCCGCAGCAGGCGAGCCAUUCGUUCUUGCGACAUGCAUGCAUUGUGCGACUGAGCUCACAUCAUGACGACCGCGUCUGCGCAGACGCCUCCAGCUCCGCAGCCACAGCACUCCUCCCCUCGCAACGCCGCCGGCUCAUCAAAACCCCAAAUGCUGGACCACACACUACGCUCCUCCUUCGCCUCGCAAGCGGACACGAUACGAGAUGCAAGCUCUGGCCAAGGUGGCGCCACGAGGAGGACGUCUCGCCAGGAUAUGAACGGGACAUCUUCUCAGGGCAAUGGCUCGAUCAACGGAGAGACAUCGCGGUUUCGCACGGGACCUCUCGGCAGCUAUGGCGACGACAAUGGAUCGAACGACGAGGACGAGCGGAGACCGACGAGCGCCCCUGGACGAGAGAACGAUAAUGCCAUUUCACGCGAGGCGCGGGACGAUUCAGGCUCCGCGCGCCCUGCUCGACCGGGCAAGCCUCAACUGUCAAGAUCGAAGAGUGAAUUUGGACCUCGGCCGGUUCCGCGAGACGACACGCAGUCUGAGCAAGACCUGUCGGACUGGGGCGCGCGGCAUGGCUUCGAAGAUCACUAUCAAUCGGAGCAGAUCAUAUCCCAGCUUGCUAAUAAUUGGUGCAUGUACUUUGCCGAGAAACGACACGAAACGACUGGCAAGCCCGGAGCGCUACCAUACGAGCUGCAGGAAUGGCGGCAGCGCGAUCGGCUCAAGACUGUAUCGGCUGCUUUGGCAGUCUGUCUUAACAUUGGCGUCGAUCCCCCGGAUCAGCUCAAGACCAAUCCGGGAGCAAAGCUGGAGGCGUGGACGGAUCCCACCCUACCCCCAGCCCAGAAGGCUCUAGAGAACAUAGGAAAGGCCUUGCAGGCUCAGUAUGAGAACCUGGCCAUCAGAGCGCGUUACAAGCAGUACCUGGACCCCUCGGUGGAGGAAACCAAGAGGUUCUGCAUUUCUUUGCGCCGCAAUGCCAAGGAGGAGCGAGUUCUGCUACAUUACAACGGACACGGCGUGCCGAAACCCACGGCAUCGGGGGAAAUUUGGGUCUUUAACAAAACCUACACCCAGUACAUUCCGGUGUCGCUGUUCGACUUGCAGCAUUGGCUGCAAGCCCCGACGAUAUUUGUGUGGGAUUGCUCCGAGGCUGGGAACAUUCUCAACAACUAUCACCGGUUCAUCGACAAGCAUGAGGAAGAGGAAGAGAAAGCUCACGAGGAGAAUCCAGCCCACGAAAAGAUCAACUUCAGGCCCUACAUCCACCUGGCUGCCUGUUCCGUCAAAGAGCAGCUGCCGACCAACCCUCGCCUACCGGCUGACUUGUUCACAGCGUGUCUCACGACGCCUAUCGAGAUGGCUCUAUGGUUCUUUGUACUGCAAAACCCCCUCAAGACCAACAUUACCCCCGAGAGAGCCAAGGAAUUGCCGGGCCGUCUGCAGGAAAGACGCACACCGCUGGGGGAGCUUAACUGGAUCUUCACUGCCAUCACCGACAGCAUUGCUUGGACAUCGCUUCCUCGGGAUGUAUUUCGAAAGUUCUUUCGCCAGGACCUCAUGGUAGCAGCGUUGUUCCGCAACUUUUUGCUGGCCCAGCGAGUCAUGAUCGUCUACGGCUGCCAUCCGCAGUCGUACCCCGUGUUACCAGAUACCCACCAACAUCCCUUAUGGCAGACAUGGGAUGUGGCCGUGGAUAUGGCCUUGGCCCAACUCCCCAUGCUUGAAAAGAAGGAAUCGGACGGUAUUGAAUACGAGUAUCAACCCUCGACUUUCUUCACUGAGCAGUUGACUGCCUUUGAUGUCUAUCUCGCAAGAGGUGACGCUCUGGCGCAACGGCCCCCUGAUCAGCUGCCCGUCGUUCUCCAGGUGCUGUUGAGUCAGCAACACCGAGUGCGCGCACUCGUGCUCUUGGGAAGAUUCCUAGACUUGGGGCCCUGGUCUGUCCAGUUGGCUUUGAGCAUAGGCAUCUUCCCGUACGUCCUGAAACUUCUCACGUCAGGCGCCAACGAGUUGAAGGCUGUCAUGGUCUUCAUCUGGUCAAGGCUCAUAGCCGUCGACAUUUCCUGCCAGGCCGACUUGAUCAAAGACAAUGGCUACAACUACUUUGCCCAGAUCCUCAAACCAUCGGAGCACCUGCCCGUGGUUGACGAUUCAGAACACAAGGCAAUGUGUGCUUUCGUGCUUGCAAUGCUGUGCAAGGACUACAAAAGCGGACAGGUCGUGUGCAACCAGACUGACAUUAUGACAUACUGCUUGGAGCAUCUCCAUAAUCAGCAGAACCACCUGGUCAGGCGGUGGGCAUGUCUUUGCCUCAGCCAACUUUGGCGAGACCUCCCAGAGGCCAAGUGGAGGGGAAUCCGCGAGAACGCCCACGUCAAGUUAGCAUACCUGGCCAAAGAUCCCAACACUGAGGUGCGAGCCGCCAUGAUUCACGCGUUGACGACGUUCCUCGGCAUUCCCGAUUUGACGGAAGAGGUGGCAAGAAUUGAAGAGGCGGUUGCGUGGACGAUUCUCGACAUUGGCAACGAUGGCUGUCCCAUUGUGCGUAAAGAGUUCCUGGUCUUCCUGUCGCACUUUGUCGUUCGCUUCGAAAGCAAAUUUGUUGUCGCAGCCUACGAGCAGCUCCUUGAGGAGAAGGACUAUCUGCAGUACCCUGCUCAAAGCAGUGACUUUGACCACAAGCCAGGUCUGCACUAUGCUCGUCCCGAGAACCGCGACGAGACCGGCGGCGUCAAGCCUGACGCACAAGGCUUCUCCUACAACACGGUGUACAUGGCCUGCUGGAAACACGCACUCAUUCUGAGCGUCGAUCCUCACCCGGAAGUGCAAAAGUCAGCAUCCUUAAUCGUCGACUACGUCCAUCACGCGAUCGCGCAGUCUGCUGUGGGCUCUGCCGCCUCUAGCCUCAUGACUGACAUUCAGCGCCGGGCGCAGCGGCAGGCCAGCCGGAAUGCUGCCAGCUACAGCCAGAAAACAAGCAUGACCAACGGGAGCAACACCCCACCGCUGCCGUCUCCAGGCAUCCUGCGUCGUACGGCGAGCCUGCUGUUUCCUUCUCUUGUCGGUGUCGACGAGAAGCCAAGCACGGGGAUCACGUCUUCCACGCCCAGGUCACCCAAUCCCAAGGCCGUACAUCCCUCGCAGGCAGCUGCACCGCCUGAGCAGAACGACGGGUCCAGCUCGUUGGGGCCGUAUCAUGUGUGCCGGGAACCCAUGUCUGGUGCCUUUGAGGAGCGAGACCUCUCGUUAGCGCCCUCAUUGCCACUGACAAGCGGCUUCUUGGACUGGUCCACGGAGUACUUUAGGGAGCCGCAAAUGAAACCGACGGAAGCUGACGAGCCGGGAAGCACAGAGUACAACGAACGAUUAUGGAGGCGAUCACGGAACGAGGCGAUCCUUCGCGACACCCAGCCACUCAAGCAGUUUGCUGGCACGCAUCGCUGGAACAACCAACUCGGCAUCGUCAACAAUGGUUCGCAGCCGUCAAGGAUGACGUUCCAUCAAUUCGAGGAUCACCUGGCCGUGUCCGACAACGGCAACACCGUCAACGUGUGGGACUGGAAGAAGCAGAACCGGCUGAGCCGCUUCAGCAACGGCAACCCAGAGGGCUCCAGAAUCAGCGACAUGAAGUUCAUCAACGAGGACGACCAGGCCAUGUUGCUCAUGACAGGAUCUUCAGAUGGUGUGGUCCGGGUCUAUCGCGAUUACAACUCGGAUAGCAAGAUUGAGCUGGCGACUGCAUGGAGGGCCUUGACCGAUAUGGUGCCCAGCAACGUCAACUCAGGCAUGGUGUUUGACUGGCAACAAGUGACAGGCCGCGUGCUGGUCGCUGGAGAUGUGCGCGUCAUCCGUGUAUGGCAUGCUGCCCACGAGAUGUGUCUGAUGGAUAUCCCCGCUCGCUCGGGAUCAUGCGUCACGUCGCUCACAUCGGACCAGAUGACGGGUCACUUAUUCGUCGCUGGGUUUGGCGACGGUGCCGUGCGGGUCUUUGACACCCGUGCUCGACCUCAAGACUCCAUGGUGCGCAAGUGGAAGGACAACUCGGAUCGCCAAUGGAUCAAGAGCGUACACAUGCAGCGAGGUGGCCAGCGAGAGCUCCUGAGCGCGAGCCGCAAUGGCAAGGUCAAGGUCUGGGACAUUCGUAUGGACUCUCCCUUGCAUACGUUUCAGACAACGCGGGACACUCUCCGCACGGCCAGUGUCCACGAGCAUCUUCCUGUCUUUGCUGUGGGAACAUCGGCGCAUGCCGUCAAGGUGUUCAAUCUCGACGGGAUGGAGCUCUCUCGCCUGGAGCCGUACUCGAGCUUCCUGCAGCAGAGUCGCGGCUCGCCGAUCUCGUCGACCGCAUUCCACCCCCAUCGCCCGAUUCUCGGCUGUGCCGCCCGUGGCGAUCAUCACAUCAACCUGUUCACAUGCGACCAGGCGGAACCCCUGACGAGGUAGAGCCCCUUCAGGACCAGACCGUCCUCCUCGCUGAAGACGAUCACCGACACGGAGGAGGAGCAGAGCAGUUUUGUCAUGCUUUGAGAUUGGCUUGAUCUUAUACAAUUGUAAUUUAGGGGCAUUGAUGCAUAGUCACGUUUAGCGACGGAGAGACGUGACAGAUGGUGGCAUGGCGUUAUUUGGCAACCUUUUUUUUUUCUCGAUGUGGCUCUGGAUACACUGGGUUCUAGCGGGUGGGAGUGGCAUUGAUUCCCCUUGCUUAGAUAUUUACCUUAAUUAAUUCGCACUUGGAUGACAGCACAUGUUGGCAUUUUCUUUGACCUACCC